AUGAAUGCAAGUCUCAGAAACACAGAAAUGGUCGAAUAUUGCUAUGACUUUGUGGAUGGAUCUUGCCUGAAAGCAACCCGAUCCAAUGGCCUCCGGAUGGCCCUUUAUGCAUUUGGUGCAGUCGCAAUUCUGGUCACAAUGUUUGGUAACCUGUUGGUGAUCAUUUCGAUCUCACACUUCAAACAGCUCCACACACCCACUAAUUAUCUCGUUCUUUCCUUGGCAAUUGCUGAUUUCCUGCUGGGAUGCAUGGUUAUGCCUUACAGUUUGGUAAGGUCGAUAGAAAACUGUUGGUACUUAGGCGAUUUGUUUUGCAAACUUCAAGCAAGCUUUGAUUUUAUGCUGUGUGCAGCAUCAAUUUUCCACCUAUGCUUUAUUUCUGUUGAUCGUUAUUAUGCAGUAUGUGACCCUCUGAAAUACAAGACCAGAAUUACUCUUCAAAUCGUCCUAAUAAUGAUCAUCAUCAGUUGGAUUCUUUCAGCCUUUGUGGGUUUUGGAAUGAUCUGUUUAGAGCUAAAUUUAAUAGAAAUUAGAGAUUUUUACUACGAUAAUAUUUAUUGCUAUGGGGGCUGUAUACUUGUGAUGGGUAAACUAUGUUCAGUGAUUUACUCACUAAUUUCCUUUUACUUCCCAGGGUUUAUUAUGCUAUGUAUUUAUACAAAGAUCUAUCUUGUAGCCACAAAACAAGCCCGAGCCAUAAAUGACAUUACAAGGCAAAUCCAGAGCAUCAAAGAAAGCAAAAACACAGCUUCUCAGACAAGUGAAAGAAAAGCUGCAAAAACUCUUGGAAUAGUGAUGGGAGUAUUUUUAAUGUGCUGGUCUCCAUAUUUCACUUGUAAUUUCAUAGAUCCUUUCAUUGAACAUGCAACCCCACCGAUUAUGUUUGACCUUUUUUUUUGGCUCGGGUAUUUAAACUCCGCAUUCAACCCCGUGAUAUAUGCAUUUUUUUAUUCUUGGUUCCGAAAAGCCCUAAAAAUGAUUUUAACUUUUAAAAUAUUCACAACUGAUUCCUCAAGAAUAAAUCUAUUCUGA